CAUUGGUCGUUUCUUCUUAAAAUAUCUGGCAUUUUCUUUUUUUAAUCCUUAUUAUUCAAUCUUUAUGUUAUGUUUGUUUUGCUUUAAAACUGUGGCUUUACUUUACACAAACAAAACGAAAAAAGUUACAACUACUUCAAUGACAUGGAAGCGAUUGGUUUCAGCAAUGAGGCAUUGCAGCUAUUACUUAUCCAAAGAUUAGCCCUGAUAGAAAAGACUUAUCAAAGGUUUAUAGCUGUGACCAUCCCAUCUGGUUUUCAAACAGUGCGUCCUGGAUUUUGAAAAAAUACAAUUUACAGUUUUGGAAAAUCCACACUAAUGCAUGAGUGUUUUGAAAAACGUAUUAUUUAUCAUUUUGUUAAACACAACUGUGAUUAAUAAAACAAGUAGAAACCAACAGCAGUUGCUUUGCUCCAAGAACUAAAACGUAACCAAUAUAUAUCUCUAAAUGAAGAGAAAAAAUUAUUGGAAUAUAGUUGAAUAGUGACAAUGGCAACAUCUACAUCUCCUGGUUUGGAUACAUUUGCGAUGGAAUUAACUACUACUCCCGAAAAUACUGAAACAAAGCCAUUGGUUGUACCUCUUGUGUUGAGCCUAUGUUUGGUUUUGCUGCUACUGUUGGUUGCUGCUUACUUUUUUUGGCGAUGGAAAACAGGCAGAAAAGUAUUUCCUUUUUCCACAAUCUGCAAAGCCAGACCUGUAAGGAAAAAAGUAUCCAUAGAAAUUCCUGACAGUGAAAUGUAUUCAGAAAUUGUGGAUAGAAAAAAAAUUUCAAUGAAAACUCCAGUUAAUAGCAGCAAAUCGAUUUCCAUCAUAAACGACAACCAAAAACAUUACAAUACCAAUUUGGCUUUUGUUGGUGAUAAUUCUGAAGAUUAUUUUUCUGAUUUCCAAGCAGACAUCGAUGAUUUUUAUAUAGUACUCGAGAAAGACUCAACAUUGUUCCCUUCGACUAAAGAACUAAAACUAGAAUUAAUGCAUGACAUUAUGUUGGAUGAUAUAUCUUUGAAAGGUGCCGAUGCCAAUGAACACUUUGAUGAGGUCUCACCUAAAAAUCAAAACAAUGUAAUUGUUUGAUAUUGAUAAGCCAUGUCAAAUCACACACCUUAUUGGAGAAAAUCCAAAGUUUCAGAUGCAAGCUUACAGAUACAUAUUCACAUUCCUUUGUACAUACACAAACACACACACACACACGCACGUGUGUGUGUGUGUGUGUGUGCAUAUGAAUGUAAUUGAUAUAUAUGGCUGUAAAUAGAUAUGAAUGUGUCCUUUCAGGUGAUUGUAUGUUAUCAUCAGCUUUGAAAAACAAAUAACUUUACUACAUAAACUGAAUACUUUUUCUCCAUUUCAAUCAUGAAAAUAUGUGUAAAUAUAUAUAUCAUAUAUAGAUGCAUAUGUGUGUGUGUGUGUGUGUGUGAGGUGGAUUCUCCCAUAAGCUUCAACAUAUGAAGAUCUAACUGAUAAUAUCAUACCUGUUAGACAAUCCACAUAGUUGAGCUGUUUUCAGUAGUGAAGGCCAGGACCAGUUACACUUUUUGGAAAUUCUAAUAACAGAAAAUGGGUGCAACAACUUAAUGAACACCAUACCUGAGGCUUCUCUUUUAGAGUUCUCAGAUUUUGGUUUAAUUACCUUUGCAAUAGCAUAGAUUCCAGCCCAUCCUUGAAGGCUAAAUACACAUCUUGGGACCAAAUCAGAAAUUUCUAAGUCCUUGGGCAUAUACAUAUAUAUAUAUAUAUAUAUAUAUGUAUAACUGGAUGGGCAUUGAAACACCAGUUUGAUAAAGUAAUGUAUGUAUGCAUGCAUAAAUGUCUGUACAUACACACAAUAUAUAUAUAAAUACAUAAUUGAAAAAAUUGGAGUCAACAAGGAGUACGGCUGGACAUUUGUUUUUUAAUCGCUACAAUUGUUUCCACACAAAGUAUGAAUGCAUAAAAACAUAUAUGUAUGUAUGUAUGCAUGUAUAAAUAUAUAUAUAUACUUUAUUUAAAAGCAGCAGAAAUAUAACAAAAAGCUGUUACAUAUAUAUAUAUAUAUAUAUAUAUAUAUA